AUGGGCAAAAACAAAGGCAGCAGCGGAGGCGAUAAGAAGAAAGACAGCGGCAGCGGAGACAAGAAAGGCCUCAAGCCCGCGACAGCCAUCAACGUGCGGCAUAUUCUCUGCGAGAAACACUCCAAGAAAGAAGAAGCGCUAGAGAAACUUCGCAACGGGGCGAAGUUCGAUGAGGUGGCGCGCGAGAUGUCGGAGGAUAAGGCUCGGCAGGGUGGAUCGCUGGGAUGGAAGGUUCGGGGUAGUUUGAAUGGGGAUUUCGAGAAGGCGGCGUAUGAGCUUGAGCCUAGCACGACGGCGAAUCCGAAGUAUGUGGAGGUGAAGACUGGGUUUGGGUAUCAUAUUAUUAUGGUUGAGGGGCGGAAAUAGUUUUGCUUCUUUGGGGGUUGUGGUUGGGUGGAUAGGGAAUGGGGAAGUAUAGUAAUGAUUUGAAUUGAAUGUCAAUGAAUAACCUGUCUAUGAG